CGCCUAGCCUCGAACAACCAAGGCUUUGCUCCUGCUCAAAGCGCGCGUACACAUCUUGGGGAGGAUAUUUUUUUGCUGCUCCGACUGCCCUCUUGAGUAAAAACCACAAGUGCGGCAACGAGUGGCGUGCUUCCAUCGCAGAGAUGACGGCCAUUACCGACUACAGCAAGUGGGACCACAUCGACAUCAGCGACGACGAAUCGGACUGCCACCCGAACAUCGAAAAGGAGACAUGGUUCCGCCUCAAGCGUCGCCAAAGAGAGGAGAAGGAACAAGAGCAAAACGCCCGUAAGGCCGAGCUUGAGAAAGGGAUCAAGGCAGGGUUGGCGAGAGUGGCGGAGCUGGAGCAGAGGGCUGCCGCCGUGAAAGCGGAGGGAGGGGACGUGGACGGAGAGGAUCCGGUGGCUCUAACGGUGGAGGCCGAGGAGCUGCAAAAGGCAGUGGAAGCUAAGAGGAAGGAGGUGGAGUCGAUCGAGCGUAACAAGAUCUGGAAUUGGGAGAACAUGUGCCACGUCACAGAGGAGCGUACCAUCAUCAACAAGAGCGCCGACAGCGAGGGAAAGGACACGAUGAUGCGAUCUGCGCUUCCCCCGAAGCUCGCGGCGGCUCUCGGAGAAAAGCCGAGGGCAGUCACCGCCCCAGGCCCGGAAACCACCACUCAGGAGGUGCAAUCUUACUCGGACUUCGUGAAGGAGCAUGAGGGCGUCAUGGAGAAGUACAGCGAGCUGCACUCGAUGGAGAAGACCAGGGAUUUCCUGCGGCAGCACGGGGACAUCCUGUUCGCCGACCACUGCCAGAGCUAUCUCCUCUUGUCCUGUCUGGAAGACGAGAUGAACGGCAAGCACGAGCGGAUGAAGCUGGUAGCGCGCCAGAGCCAGCUCUUGUCCAGCAUCACGGAGCUCGCCGUUUCCCUCCGCCGCCCUCCGCAAGACGUCGUUCCCGCCUUGUUUUUGCGUCUCGAUGAAGCGGAGCACUCCCAGAGAUUCAGGGACGGUGUCAACGACUUUGUGGCCAAGGUCCAAAACCGAGCGGUAGAGAAGCGUAAGGAGAUGGAGGCGGAAGAGGCGGAGGGGUUGGACCACGAGACCGUCGAGCUCACCAAAGAGGAGCGCAUGGGUCCCGGCGGGCUAGACCCCUUGGAAGUGUUCCCCACUCUGCCGGAGAAGAUGCAGAUCGCCUUCGACCAGAAGGAUACCCCGAUGCUCCAGGAGGCGCUCUUAGAAUUGACGGACGAGGAGCGAAAAUACCACAUGAAGCGCGUCGUGGACUCCGGCCUGUGGGUGCCCGGGGCCGGAGGGAGCACGAGGGUCGAAGACGAAGAGUAUGACGACGACGACGACGACGAGGCGGCCGGGCAGGCGGUGGGGGUGGUGACCGGAGAAGCGUCGGGGACGAAAGUCCCGGCGAGCCCGCCCAGCCCGACCGGGGCCGGGAGCAGCGAGGAGGCGUGACGCUCGCCAUGCCUUCAAGACCAAAAAAGAAAAAAAAGCAUGUUGGGAGGAAUAUAUGCUUCGUACUUCAUGUUCUCCAGAGUACGUUCGUAGUGGGCCGGCCCUUUGCAUGGCCGUACAGUGGCGCCAGGAGAUUUGGCACGCCUUUUCACGGGCACACCCGAGGACUGUAGUGUUGGCUUGUCACCGCUUCGGAAUGCCGGGUGGGGUGGGGCGGGCGAAGAGGUGCUGUGUAGGCGGAGGAGAGGUGGAGGUUAAUUGUGGUUUCCCAGGCAAAGAAAUGUGUCGAGUUUUCGGUUGUGUGGUGGGGCAGUCGGUUCGAGGCAGGUUUGAGAACGCCGUCCCCACGGUCCCUCGAUGUUCCCGCGUUGGUUUCUAGAUUGACAAAUGUAGUGACAGCCAACAAUCACCGCGGCAUAUCGGGACACCGCACUAAUGAGUGUUGGGGAGUAUAAAGCGUUCAGUGUAUUCGCCCAGUCCCGCGACAAGCGAUGUUCACACCGAUUUUCGGGACUCGGGACCGCAGUAGUCGGGACCACCAAGGUGCUGUCCCGCGUCUUUUGAGCACGGGCGGGUGGGUAGCAAGUAGCUGGGGCGCAGAUUGUAUCGGGUAAGCGAGUGUGUUUUCACGUCGUGACGAAGGCAUUACCAGAGCCAGCAACAACCAGAGCCCAAUAUCUGGCGAUGGGACUUGGUGUUCGCGACUGGUGGUGGCUCAAUUCUACAGCAGUAAGUACGUAGAAUGUUGUUGUUUCAUCCUUGGUUCCGUACUUCAGGGAUGAGUCGUCCUCCUUGUUUCUUAAACGUUUCGCAGCUGGUUGUGGUAUUAUCUUCUGUGUUUCACAUGCCUUGGAAGUGACGAUUCCCCGGCUAGUCGCAGCAGCGGCAGCAGCGGCAGCAGCGGCAGCAGCCGCGGAGCGGUACAAAAUGUCACGUGCAGCUGAUCAUGUCUCGAUCAUGUGGAUUCGUCGAUCGUCGAUUCGUCGAUUCGUCGUUUGUCCUGGUCCUGUGUUGGACCAGCACCCCGAAGACCUGUGCGUUGAUUGUACAAGACACGAUACAGGUCGCAGCGGCCAUCCUUACCCAUGCGGCCACCGCUGAGCCGACCGGAGCUUUUCCUGAUUACAUUUGACGGUUGAAACAUCAUGUACAUGGGUAAACAAUAGUUUGACGGUCAACUUGUCUAACUCCGCCGAGAAUGAAUCCUCCCCCCUUUCUCACACCAAACCCGCACCAAACCACACUCGAGAUCUCCCUCUCCUACCUUCCCUACAUCUAUCAUUAUCUUGACCCCCCCACACCUCCCUGCCACGGCUGUGGACAUUCGCCGGGUGUAAGAAGAGGACUCCCGUACCACGAGUUCCAGCGCGCAGUUUCCCGACGAGUGAUGACUGAUUGUCGCUGCGCGCGGGAAUCACGCCGCCCGAAUUGUUGUCGGGCUCCCUCCUUCCCCACACCUCGGCAUUCUCAAUCCAUUCCUGCUCUCCCCAUCGUCCUCGCGAAAUCAAUCACAAACGAAACCGAUCGCCCCUCCGCUGGUCGCAAGAGGUACAAUGUAGGCACCAUUCUACCGAGUGAAAAUUAGCCACACGUUCUCCCCCUCCCCCUCGCCUGUACAUCUAUUUCCAGCGGAUUCCCGGCAGCCGUUCGCAUGUUUGACAUUGGUUUCCCUCUAGUUCUGGCUCUAUACACACCCAUCCAUCCCACCCUCGGUUGCCUAUAUGCUGAUUUUUCUGUUUUGUUUCUCACUACAGCAGUACACACGAUUUGAUAUCUCCAGCAUACAGAAAACCGGGAUGGGUCACACAUCUUUCACUGCCACUGUCACUUGCUGGCAUGGGCGCUUGCAGCAUGAGCCGGCGGAGCACCCGUAGCACCGCUCUGUUCACUCUGUUU